AUGGGCGUGGUGGUAGAGCUUCGGGCCAAUCCGGGUUUCUACGAGGCCUUAGUAAGCCAGACAGUGGGUUUGAAGAAUUCGGUGCUGGUUGAAAUUGAGCGUGAUCUUCAUCGCUCCCUCCCUGAGCAUCCGGCCUACCAAACACCUGAGGGUAUUGCUGCUUUGCGCCGUGUUCUCACUGCCUACGCAUUCAGAAACCCUAACGUUGGUAAGCCCAUGACUUUACCGUUCCCAUAG